GCGAAGCAGCGGCCAUCACGCGACCAUGUAAACAAAGCCCGGCCGGAGGUGACCCCAUGGAGAAAAUUAUUAUAUACGUGUCCACAGAACGUCAAAACAAGUACAUCGUCGAGGAACUAGAAUCCGCCGUCCAAAUCCUCCAAGAGAACGCCAAAAAGAAAUGCUGGGGGCCGGACGUUCGAAUCGCCUCACUAACCGUCGGUGAUGAGGAGCCCCCCCACCCCCCCACACAGGCCCCCCAUGAACCCCCACCCCCCCACAACCCCACACGGACACUAUGGCAUGACUGGAGGGGGUCGGAGCCUUUCAAGGGGUUGUGGCGAGGGUUAGGCGAUGCGGCGGAGGGAACGGAGAAGAAGAAGGAGGAGCAAGAGGAGGAGGAGGAAGUGUUUAGGUACAAUGACUUCUUCCUGCUUGGCGAGGCACUACACAAGCUUCUCGACGAGGUUGGUGGGCCCGGUGGUGUUCUCCUGUCCCUCGUGUGGUGUGUCGAGGCCUAUACCCCCAACCCGAGCGAGGUCCCUGAGUUCUUUGGGGCACUCCAGCGGCUGCAACAGUGGCACCUCGGGGCUCUCCACGUGGCCUGCCGGGACGCUGCGCUGGUGGAGGAGUGGGUGGAGUACCUUCCGCUGCAGUAUAUUUGCGCGUCCGCCUCCGCCCAGGUGGUUUCGGGCGUAUCCAAGACCUUCUGGCGCGGGCAUCUCAGCGUGUGGGAGGCGGGCACCGGGGAGGCUGUAAGGCUGCCACUGUGUGAGGUGGUCUGUACGCAGGGCACGCCACCCCCCUCCACGCUGCCUAAACAGCACCCCAUAUACUUCCUCCCGUCGGCCGAGGUGGUGGCGGACUAUGAUGGAGGGUCAAUGCCGUGGGUGUACCUCCAGAGCGGGGGGGUGUACAGCCUCGGCCCGGCACCCACCACCGACGAGGAGGACCAGGAGGAGAUGACGGCAGCGCUGCACCUCUUCACCGCCCAGCCUGGGACCGUGACCCUAAUCAGACUCCAGUACUCUGUGUCUCCGCCUGUGCUUGCCAACAUGCGGGCGGCCAGCACGGAGGAGUGGAAGAGGGCCAUGGGAGAGGGGCAGUUCGACCUCGUGCCCAGCCUGCAGUUCAAGGGAUGUCACUCAGUGCUAAACAUGUUAAUUCUGAGCGAGGGAGCGACCAAGGGAAAGGCCUGGAUGGUAGCGUUGAAGGACCCCAAUGCGAUAGACGACGAUGUGGCCAAGAUUCUCAACACCUCCACACACACAAAGAGCAGCCACAGUCCGAAGGAGGAGGACCGCGUGCUUGAGCUGCUGCGGGAGACACCAUGCUUCACCCCAGUACAGAUGACGGCCUUCUCCCACCUGUAUGUCCACCUCCCACACCAGAUCCAGGACAAGCUAAGCGCGGCAGGCCAUGAUGUGCGCGCGCUGGACGCCUCGGUACAGCAGCAGGUGGAGGCCGCAGCGAGCCAGGAGGUCAUCAGCACCCUCCUGCCACAGCCGCCACCCCCGCCCCCCCAUCACCUGUCCUCGCCGCACCUGGUCACGGUUCCGCCAGAGACAGCCACCAGCAUGACGGAGUGGCCGGAGUAUAUAGCGCUGGAGAGGGCCGAGGAGGAGGCCGAGAAAACCACACAUGCCCGGCGGACUUCAGGUGACUUACUGGGCGGCCUGGCUCCACCCCCCAGCCGCGCCAUCCUCACCCUGGACGCCACGCAGCUGGUCAAACUGUUCGCCAAGACCGGCCAGCCCGCCCAGGCCCUCAGGAAGAACAUGAGCAAGCUGAGUUCCCUCGGACGGUUUCCCUUCAAGUUCACGUCAUCGCUGGAGGAGGUGAAGAGGCUGCCCUGGCCCGAGGCUCUCUACGCCCAUCACCACGGCAUGCACUACAACUCGGGCGACCAGAGUGAGCGGUUCGUGGACCAGUGCAGCCAGGUGGAGCGCCGGUACAUCCGCCAAGAGUCCGCCUCCACCUGCACAGUGUUCCAGGACAAGGAGUUGGCCUACGUCACUGUGCCCGUCCCCACCACCCACGCCCCCGCCAGGACUGACGUAAAGGAGGACACCAGACCCACCCACCAGCCCCAGACGAGACCCCAGACCAAGCCCAAGGUGGUGUCCGGGGCGCGGGGCAAGACGGUGCUGGGGCGGAAGGCGGGGGUGCGUGGGGCAGUGCCGGGGGGGGCGGGGCGACGUGCCGAGCCUGUCCGACGGUCGCCCCGGAAACGCCAGCUGUUGGUGCCUGAAACUGGUCUCCGGAGGUCGCCGCGUAAGUCCGCCAAGAAGUCCGCUCCCAGCACCACAAGUUUGUCCGAGCUGAUGAAGCCUUCGGACCUCCUCACGCCGGCCCAGAGCAGCGGCAGCAGGGGGGGCGGGGGCGCUGCGGGUCGGCCCAGUGUUGCCAGCAGGAAGGCGCCCAAGCCAGCGGACCUCAGCAACAUACACAAGCAGAAACUUCGUGUGGCGGUGGUGGAGGCGCUGGAGCGUGAGGGCGUGCGCAUGAAGGCCCCGCUGUUCAAGGUCUGCUUCAAGAAACUGUUCGCCGUUUGCCACCCCUUCGCGCUGGACGUCAUCGGCCACGGCUCCACCAGCAAGAACAUGGAGAAGAUCGCUGCCUCCCACGUCAAGCAGGUCAUCGAUUUUGAGAAGAGGAAGGCGGUGAAGGGGCGGAAAUGAGAGUGAGGCCUUAUAUACCUGGUCGUCACACACUUGUUUAUAUUUUGGGAGAGGAAGAAGGUGAUAGGAAGUGAGUGAGAGAGAGAGAAAGGCUUUUAUAACUAAUCUUUUUCCUUUUUUAUUUUGAGAAGAGGAAGGAAGUGAAGGGGCGGAAAUGAGAGUGAGGCCUUAUAUAACUGGUCGUCACACUUUUGUUUAUAUUUUGGGAGAGGACAAAGGUGAUAGGAAGAGAGAGAGAGAGAGAGAAAGGCUUUUAUAACUAAUCUUUUUCCUUUUUUAUUUUGAGAAGAGGAAGGAAGUGAAUGAGUGAGGCUUUAUAUAACUGGACUUUUCUUCACAAUUUUGUUUAUAUUUUAGGACGAGGACGAAGGUGAUAGAGAGAGAGAAAGAGAGAGAGAGAGGCUUUUUAUUUUGAGAAGAGGAAGGCACUGAAGGGGCAGAAAUGAGAGUGAGGCUUUACAUAACUCCUCUUCACAAUUUUGUUUAUAUUUUAGGACGAGGACGAAGGUGAUAGAGAGAGAAAGAGAGAGAGGCUUUUUAUUUUGAGAAGAGGAAGGCAGUGAAGGGGCAGAAAUGAGAGUGAGGCUUUACGUAACUUCUCUUUCCUUCACACAUUUUUAUUUUGAGAAGAAGGUGAUAGAGAGAGAGAGAGAGAGAGAGGCUUUUUAUUUUGAGAAGAGGACACAGUGGAGAGAAGGAAGUGAUUGAGUGUGUAUGUGUGUGAUUUUAUAAUUGAUUUUUUUCUCACCUCAUCUCGAUUUCCUUUCAUUCUUUAUUUUUUUUAUUUAUUUAUUUUUUUUUUUGUGUGUGUGUGUGUGUGUGUGUGUGUGUGUGUGUGUGUGUGUGUGUGUGUGUGUGUUAUCUUGGAAUACAAUCUCCUCUAUCUCUUUUUCAUUAUUUUUCUCUCUUAGUUUCUCUUUUAAUUCCACUUCAUCUCAAUCACCUGCAUUUUUUUAUUAAUAGCCAACAAAAAUCUCUCCUCGGAACACAUCAUCUUUUCAUUAUUGUCUUUUUAAUGCAUUUAGCUUCACCGCAUCACAAUUCCCUUUUUUGUAUUGACAGCCAACGCGAUUAUGUGUCUGUAUAUGUGUGUGUCGUGCUGGAAGGCAAUUUAUUUUAGGCGAUAUUGGUCAUAAUUUGGGCAUUUUAAUUUUCCCGGUUGUAUGUGGUCGCGUUUUUUAUGUCGUUAUCAAACAUUCUCAAAACCUCAUCAGCGUGCCUUGGCGUGUGAGGUCGUGGGCUGUGACGUGAUUGUAAUUCCCGCCGUCGACAAGCCUGGGGUGUAGGAAGGUCUGUUGACGAGAUGCACAGAUUCAUUUCUUUAAUCCAUCCAGGUCUUGUUGACACUCUUGACCCCGUCUGUACCGGUGUGUGUUUUGUGACGUGUGUGUGUCAGGAUGGGACGGAGAAAGUAGUGAAAGCAUGCAUGAUCGGUUUGGUAAGGGUGUGAUGGCGAAAGGAGCGUGGUGUGUUGAGAUGGUUUGGACACGUGAUGAGAAUGUGUAUUGAGAUAAAAGUGGGCCUCAAAGAUGAAUGAAUGAAUGAUGAUGUGUGUCACAGCUUGAUGCGCUCACCAGGCACCCGGUACCACCUCCUCGCGCUGGCAAAUGACCCCAAAAAAUGCGUCCUUGUGAGCCCUCAAUACCAACAUUCUAACUGUGACACCGGCUUGUCACAGGUUGCACCCGGUCCCUCGUGGGCACAUCAAGCUGAGACACACAUCACAAGACACAUCCAGCACAGAAGGGUUAAUAGGUAGAUUUGAGUCUAGGUUCCCGGUAGGUUAUAUAAACGAAACAAGCCAUAAUUUUAUACUUUUUAAUAUUGAUGUGUACAUAAAUAAUCAUAAACUCUGUGACUAGAAUAAGGAAUGGAUGGAGACGAGUGCAUUUAUGUAGGUGUGUGUGUGUGUGUGUGUGUGUGUGUGUGUGUGUGACAAAAGUAUAGAUAGUGGAGGGAUAUCAAGGUGUGUGUGUGUGUGUGUAUAUCUGUUUGUGGAUGUGGGUGCGAAACUAAACUAGAUUAUGGACGGAUUCAAGGCAUAUAAGUCUGUGUGUGUAUAUGUGUGUGUGUGCGCGCUUCACUAACGAGGCAGGCGAGGUGAGUAUCAAGGUGGGGGCGAGUCACUAACACUAGACAUCGUAAGGCCAUGCCACACACACCAGUAGGUUCGUAGGUGUCUUGGGUGUACAGAGAGCACUAACCUAUUUGAUACUGUUUUUAUAUAAAGUUGUAUUUUCCUAUAGAAUAAAAACUAGAGAGAAGGUUA